CCGCCUUCUACGCACAGCCGCCGCGGAGGGGAGAAGGGGCGGGGCCGCGUAGCAUCCGCGCCAUCAGUCCUCAGGUGGCGGCCCGGUCCGUGUUGUAUAUGGUUUUCCCAGCCAAGCGGUUGUGCUUGGUGCCAUCCAUGGAGGGCGUGCGCUGGGCCUUCUCCUGUGGCACUUGGCUACCGAGCCGAGCCGAAUGGCUGCUGGCGGUGCGAUCUAUCCAGCCCGAGGAGAAGGAGCGCAUUGGCCAGUUCGUCUUCGCCCGGGACGCCAAGGCAGCCAUGGCUGGUCGUCUGAUGAUAAGGAAAUUAAUUGCAGAGAAAUUGCAUAUUCCUUGGAAUCAUAUUCGUUUGCAAAGAACAGCAAAGGGAAAACCAAUUCUUGCAAAGGACUCAUUAAAUCCUUACCCCAAUUUCAACUUUAACAUCUCUCAUCAAGGGGACUAUGCUGUGCUUGCUGCUGAACCUGAGCUUCAAGUUGGGAUUGAUAUAAUGAAGACUAGUUUCCCAGGACGUGGUUCAAUUCCAGAAUUCUUUCAUAUUAUGAAAAGAAAGUUUACCAACAAAGAAUGGGAAACAAUCAGAAGUUUUAAUGAUGAAUGGACUCAACUGGAUAUGUUUUACAGGAACUGGGCACUGAAAGAGAGCUUCAUAAAAGCCAUUGGUGUUGGACUUGGAUUUGAAUUACAGCGCCUUGAAUUUGAUAUAGCUCCAUUAAACCUGGAUAUAGGCCAAGUUUAUAAAGAAACACGUUUAUUCCUGGAUGGGGAGGAAGAAAAAGAAUGGUCCUUUGAGGAAAGCAAAAUAGAUGAUCACCACUUUGUUGCCGUAGCUCUUAGGAAACCUGAUGGAUCUAGAUAUCAGGAGGUCCCUGCUCAGGAUGAUUCUAAGCCAUCCCAGAGGCAGUUCACUAUUCUUACCUUUAAUGAUUUAAUAUCAUCUGCUGUUCCCAUGACACCUGAAGACCCUUCAUUUUGGGACUGUUUUUGCUUCACAGAAGAAAUUCUAAUACGAAAUGGCUCUAAGUCAUGAUACGAUUCCCUACGUAGAAAAGGAAAGUGAAAAUUGUUUGUAAUCUCCCAAAUUCACUAAAAAAAAUAAAUACUUGAUACUAUCAGACUUCACAACCAAGUUUUUAAAAAUACCCCAAAACUCUUAGUACUACAAAAGAGAACUCCAGUUCAGCACAGCCCAGUAGAAUUUAUGUUUACCUAUUCCAGUCCAAAUUGCAUUGUGUUGAGGGAUAUGAAAAGGGUGAUGAUACAUGUGCAUUGUAAAAAAAAAUAAAAAUGCAAAUAUGAUCAAGGAAGCAUUUCAAUCCUCUAUUUCAGAUACCUACUCUUAAAACUUUGGUAUCUUCCCGGACUGUUUUCUUGAUCAAAAGAAUGCAUAUUAACAGGGUCUUUUUUUUUUUUUAAGGGAACAUAUUUCUUUGGGAUUUAAAAAAAAAACUACAUCCCCUGCUCAUAACAUCUCUAUUACAUAAAUGUGUUGGUUCUAAAGUACUCUUGUAUGACUAAUACAAGUUAGGAUGCUCUUAAGGAGAGAUUUUUAUUUUGCCUAACACCAAGUUCUGAGGUGAUAUUAAGGACAUCUUGGCCUCAAUUUAUUGAGUUUGCCUUAAGCUCAUCCUCUUCCUAUAUCCUAAUAACUGCUGCUAUAACUCAGUUUUUUACCUUCGUCAAAUUACAUCUACAAGACCACUUCUUCUAUAAUGUUGAUUUUACCAGGGAGGAAGACAUUCCUCCCAAACCCCCAGAUUUCCCCCAUCCACUCAUGUCUAGUUGCAACAUGUGACCAUUUUCAUCAUUAGUAGACUCUUAGAAAGGAAGAUGUUAAGGCAGGUGUAGGAGAAUGGUAUUGAGGUGAAGCUUCCUUCCUGCCGUAAGAAAAUUGUGCCAGAGUAUCCUUGUUUUCUUCCGGGUUGAACACUUUUAUUGUCUCCAUUUUAUUACUCUAAGCAGUGGUGCAGUGAAAACCUUUGUUCGUAUUGAAGUACAUGCUUAAUUAUGCUCUCAAGGAAGCUUUUAGUGGAAUGACUGGUUAAAAAGGCUUAACAUUUUUAGAGCAUUUGCUAAGUAUUAGCUUGUUCUUCACAAAGGCUGUCCAAGUUAUACUUCAAGUUGUUAAGUGAACAUGUGACUACUACUCUGUACUCCCUGGGCAACUAUAUAGAUUUUUUUUUUCUGUGCCUUUAUAAAUGAAAAGUUGGUCAUUUUUAAGAUUUAUAUUUCUUUCAUCACAAAUGAGUUUGGUAUGUCAGUGUUGUUAUCAGCUCUUUGUAUUCAUUUUUUUUUCUGAGUUUCUUGUUCAUCGCUUUAGUGGGUAGAACUUAAAGUGCAAACAUAAUAUAUUAAGAUGUCAAGACCAUCAUAUUGAUGACAGAAUCUCUUAUGUAGCUGUAGUGCAUGUCUUGGGAACUUAGCCUAAUUGUUAAAUACCAAGAACUAAAAUAAUGUCAUUGUUUCUGUUACUAACAUUAAAAAUUGUGUGUAAACUGUAUAAAAUUAGAUACUUAGGAAAAAAGUUACAGUAUGGUUUUUUGUUCUUAAUUUUAUCAAGUGUGGUCAGUUAUGCCACGCAUAAUAAAUAACAUUAUAGAUGA